UUUCAAAAGUAAUGUAUCAAGGUAUCAAUUGAUAUCAAUUAAAACAUGUCUGAUCUGCUGUUAGUGUUUAUUUAAAAAAAAAUCAAUUUUUGUGAAUAAAAUAUUAUGUAUAUACAAAAUUUUUAAUUGUUAUAAAUAUUUGUCAACAUUUGUUAUUGAUUCUCCUAUGCACACAGUGUUCAAGUUUAAUAUAUAAUAUAAUAUAAAAUAUUAAACACGGUUGUUACAAAAACGACAGAAGUAUUUGUACGCAAUUAUAUUUUAGAAGAUAUAAAGAUGUCUAAAAUUAAAGAAGAUGAUGUUCUUGAAUGUUUUUUGUACACAAAAGUUUGUUACACACAACCUCCAGAGACUAUAACAGAAGAAAUACUUUUGCAAGAAAUUGAAAAAUUUAAUGAAGUAAUUGCACCCUAUGUUAAGAAUUACAUUUGGCAUAGCGAUGAAUUAACUUUUCAUCCUAGAACAAAACAGGCAUUAUUAUUAGAAAAACUUAUCGAAAGUUCAUCAGUUUCAGAAGAAUGUAAUAUACUACCUCACAUUUAUGUGUGCUUACAUUUUGAUGAAGAUAUAAGUGAUGAGUGGUUUACAGUGUUUCUAAUAUUUAAACUUACACAAACUUUUAAUGGAUUAAUAGCUAAAGUAACUGACUCAGAUGGAGAAUUCCUUUUAAUUGAAGCUGCAAAUGCUUUACCUUCAUGGGCCAAUCCUGAAACAUGUGAAAAUUGUGUGUUCAUUUAUAAUGAAGAAUUACACAUUGUUCGUGAAAAAUAUAACACAUUGUUCGAUUUAUUAAGUAAUAUACAAGAAAAACCAUAUCUUUCCAAAGCUUCUGAGAAAGUACAAGAUGCUUUAGGAAAACGAAUUAGUAUUUAUCCUGAUGAAAUUAAUAAAAGACAUCAUAAAGCUAGAGUCUUUUUACCAGAAAAAGCAGUUUUAAUACUUCGUCAAGAACCAAGAUUUGUUUCAUUAGCCAUUAGAACAAUAUGUCACUCCGAUCCACUUGAGAGAAAAGUUUGUCGUGCAAUGAAAUAUUUUCCUCCUGAACAGCGUGUUAUGGUUAACAUAAAAAUGACUAGGUGUUUAUAUGCAAUGGCAAAUCAUUGUCGCUAUACAGGAGAUCCAAGAACAGGUUGGAAUUUACCACCAGUAUCUUCUUCAAAGUAUAAUGCUCAUGCACUUGGUAUUAAAAUAGCAUGUGGAUUAGAAAUGUUGGUUGCUCGUGCGAAUGAAGAUCGUAGGAAAACAGAAAAGAGAACAAUUAAUGACCCUGAAAAACAAAAAGUAAAUGAACGUACUCUGAAUACGUAUUUAACACGUUUAGAAAGUAGUGGUUACUUUAGAAAGUUAUUGAGAGAUAGUCAAGAAUAUAAAAAUUUUGAAAACGUAGCAAAAGAUUACUAUUUAGAGCAUCUAAAUUCAAAUAAUCAUAUCACUAAUGUUAAUAAAAGUGAUGCAGAGAAAGUUUUAGAAGCUUGGGAAAACAUACAGUCUACUGAUAUUGAAUUGCAUGCUCAAGAUGAAACUACAUUAAGUCCUGCAGACAGUGACAGUUGGUUAAAUGUGGAUCCAGAACAACUGGAAGCAUUCUUAAGUGAACAGUGGACAAAUGAUAAAAAUAAAAAAUACGAACAAGAAUCACUAAGCCUUAAGGAAAAAGUGAAAACAUUUUUAAGUCGAACCAGUGACAUUGGGGGUGUACAAUUCUUAGAAGAUCACUCAAUGGACACUGAUAUAAUACACGAUCCAGAAGACAAUGGGAAAGUAGAAUUUGAUGCAGACAUAUUUGAUUGUACAUUACGAGGUAUAUUAGAUUUAGUUGUGCCGGAAAAUGAAGGAGAAUUUGAAGGGAGUUCAGAAGGAUCCUUGGGUCAAGAUGACGAGGAUAAACGUGGCGAAAUGGACAAAUAUAUGCAUUUAUUAGAUUUAGAAUUACAGUCUGAAAUUGGAAAAGAUGAAAGUUUUGAAACAAAUAAAAAUCCUGAUACUGUAGAAGAUAAUUUGUUCCAAAGUAUAAAGGAAGAAGCAGGUGGUUCAGGACCAGUUGGAAAUAUAGUAGGUGGACCUGCUCAACGACUUAUGCAUUUACAGUUACAAUCACCUACUACAGUACCUCCUGAUUUACAGAGUUAAUAAUUUUACAUACAUGUAGGGAGAAUCGAUUAAAAUGGGCGCCUUAAAAAAGUUGUGAAUUGUCAUUUAUCAUUUUGCGGUCUGUAACUUCGUUUAAACUUUUAAUGAUUAAAUUGUUUACAUAUAUUCAUAGUACAGAAAAACGCGUGUAGAUAUAUAUAUAUGUAAUGUAACGAGCACUGUUGAUAAAGAAGAUAUUAAUUGCCCUAGCGCUACAAAAAGGGCCAGCAAAUUGUUAUGUGCGUGUAUAAGUACUUAUAUACGUUGUAGACACAUAUACAGGGUGAUCCUUUCGCUAAUGGAGUCAAAGAAAGUGCCGCCACAAUGUAGUAUGAAUGGACCCAAGCCGUUUUCUCGACGGGGGUGCAUACUGUAGCUGUGUCCGUGAAAAGGUUUCGAUGACAGAAAAGGGCUUGGGUCCAUUCAUACUGGUGUGGCGGUACUUCCUUUGAGUCCAUUAACGAGAGGAUCACUCUGUAAAUACAUUCUACUGCCACGUAAUUA